CCACGUGGUGUCGUGCUGGAGCUGAAAAGCUUUUCAACACAGACGUUUUGGAAAGGGGUAAGUUAGGCACGUUUAACUUAGCAUUUUAGUAAUAGUUUCAGGAGUAGCCAUCACACCAAAUAAUACAAAAUGCCGCCAGCCUUGGAUAGGUUGCGGGAUCGUCCUCUGCAUCUUGAUCAGCCCAGCGGGCACAGGGACUUUCCAUGUUAGGUUACUUUCGCUUUCAGCUCGGCUGGCAAAAGAAGCUUCGACAGCUCGUGAGUUGGACAUUUUUGACUCUAUUUUUGACUUCUAUUCCGGUUCGAAUUCAAAGCCAAGAUUAUUUCUCUACUCUCUGACAACACUUUCUUCAUCAGGGCAUGAUGUCCAAAAGUAGUUCCUUCGGUGCGGCUUCGGUCUUCGUGCUGGUAGAUGCUUGUGUGGUGCAGUCCAUCCGCUCUGCCCCCCUCUCACCCCUGCUGGUCGCCCACCCAUACGUCACUUUGUGGGGUGGAGGGAUCCUUCGAGCCUGCGCCUUGCUCUUCCUCAGCUUGUCAUGGAGCCAAUCGUGGAUGAGCAGCUUCCAGGGGCGCCAGACCAUCGGGGUCCUGUGCUUUCAUUUCCCAGUGUAUGUUAGUCUCUUGUGGGGGGUCGGUUUGUCCAACUCAGAGGAGCUAUGGAGCUGGUACUCCUGGCAAAGGCUAUUGCACGGUUAUGGCGUCACUGCGGUGGCCUGGUUGUACUGGGAGAGGUACGUGUCCUCGCUGUUCCAGAAGAAGAGGAGCAGCGAAGAAGAAGCAGAUGCCAAGUCGGGGAACAAUUCCUCCUCCCUGAAGAAGUUGUUGGGCUUCAUGCGACCCUACACCAGCCGCUUUGUGUUUGUGAUGCUGCUGGUCACUCUGUCCUCGUAUGGUGAGAUGGCGAUACCUCAUUACACGGGACACAUGGCAGACUGGAUCAUGGAUGAAAAGAAUCCAGAUGCCUUCACCCAAGCCAUCACAAUUAUGGCAAUAAUUACCAUUAGCAGUGCGGUACUUGAGUUUGUGUGUGACCUCAUGUACAACGUCACCAUGAGCUGCAUCCACACAUCAGUGCAGGGCAAGGUCUUCCAGUCCGUGCUCAAACAGGAGAUCGCUUUCUUUGACACCAACAAGACAGGGGAAAUUGUGUCGCGUAUCACCACGGAUACCAACAGCAUGAGUGAGGCGCUGAGCGAGCAGCUGAGUCUGGUCAUGUGGUACACUGCCCGACUGGUCUUCAUCCUCUACUUCAUGUUCAGCCAGUCGUGGCAGAUCUCCCUGUUCACCUGCAUGGGGCUGCCCAUCCUCUGGAUCAUCCCAGAGUGCUCCGGAACCUUCCAUCAGGCGAUCUCUAAAAAGGUUGCAGAGUGCAUUGCCCAGGCCAACCAGGUCGCCACAGAGACGUUCUCCAACAUGAAGACAGUGCGGUGCUUCGCCAAUGAGGACGGCGAGAUCAAGCGCUAUGAGGAGCAGCUGGACGUCAUCUACGGCCUGAACAAACGGGAAGCCUUCGCCUACGCCGCCUCCACCUGGGCCAAUAAUACCAGCACCCUGGCGCUGAAGGUGUUCAUCCUGUACUACGGAGGGACGCUGGUCACCGGGGGCACGGUCAGCAGCGGAGACCUGGUCGCCUUCGUACUCUACGAGCUCCAGUUCGCCUCGGCAGUGGACGCUGUGAUGCGUUGUUACCCAGACGUUAAGAAAGCCAUCGGAGGUUCGGAGAAGAUUUUUGAGUACCUUGAUCGGGAUCCCCAGGGUCCCCCUAUAGGCACCCGGGACCCCCAAGGGGUGGAAGGUCACGUGGAGUUCCGGAACGUCACAUUUUCCUACCCUGGGAAGGCAACCCCUGUGCUCAUGGAUGUGUCCCUGAAGCUGCAGCCCGGACAGAUCACGGCCCUGGUGGGGUCCAACAGCUCUGGGAAGACCACCUGCGUUCGGCUGCUGGAGCGCUUCUAUCAGCCCCAGGCCGGCAGUAUCCUGCUGGACGGAGAGAACCUCAAUAGCUAUAAGGAGCAUCACAAGGUCGCUGUUGUGAGCCAGGAGUGUGUUCUGUUUGCCCGCUCCAUCGCAGAGAACAUCAAAUAUGGCUUUGAGCACGCUACUGAUGAUGAUAUGUACAGAGCCGCCAGGAUGGCUGCAAUCCAUGACGAAAUACUAAAGUUCCCAAACGGAUAUCAAACAGAUGCGGGUGAGAAGGGGGGCAUGGUGUCGGGCGGCCAGAGGCAGAGGAUUGCCAUCGCCAGAGCUCUGAUCCGGCAGCCCAAGGUCCUAGUGCUGGACAACGCCACCAGCGACCUCGACGCAGAGACGGAACAUCAGGUCUUCAAGGCCCUGCUGGGGCGGUCCAACGGCCCGUGCUCGGUGUUUCUGAUCUCCCUCAAGAUGAGCGCCGUGGAGCGGGCCGACGACAUCCUGGUGCUGGAGGAGGGGCGCGUGGUGGAGCAGGGAACCCACAAAGAGCUGAUGAAGCAAGGGGGGCGCUACGCCCAGCUGGUCGCCAACCAAAACCAGGGCUUUCAGCGGGCCGAGGAAGAAGGGGGAGGAAGAUGAGUUUUUUUUGGCUGCAAUUAGUCUCUUGUAAGGGUAUAAUAUGUCAUUUCUGCCGCUUGGGGUCUCUCAUU